GAAAAAAGAAAAUUGGCGAGUUUCAACUGUGUGACCCGAUGCCGGUUCGCGGGUCUUUUCCUCCCCCACAAGAAUCAGAAUGUCACCGUUUUUCUGAAGCCGACGAAACGUGAAUUGAAUCAACUUUCAAACACAAUGUUGAUUUCAUGUAAAACAAUCCAUUUCUAGUUCAUAUUAUUCAAACUGUUAUUGGAGUCUAUAGCAAAUUGGGUAGCAGAAACCUUUUCAGGGAGUCUGAACACUCAAUUUCGGAACCUCCACCGGCCAACUCGAUCAAAGAUACUUGUUUGGCUGAGCCACCGUAUGCACCGUCGUCGGGGUCCGCCGCUGCCGUAUUGCUCAAAGUCUGAAAAGAAGAAACGGUUCAGAUAAUGCUUGUGUAAUUGUCGCUAGAAAGAAAUAACUUCAGGAUGGAACAAGGUCACGUUAAAGAAAUGGAAAGCGGAAAAAGUAAAGCUGAAGUUGAAAGCCUGCUUGAUCUACUGCCACCAGUUGACUUCUGCUGUGCAUAUGGCUCCACUCUUCACCCAAACAAUCUUGACAAGAAAUCCAUGGUUGACUGUAUUCUUGGUGUUUCGGAUCCUGAAAAAUGGCAUUCUGAGAACUUAAAGAUGAACCACAAUCACUAUGCCUCCUGGUUGGCGCACCUAGGGGGAGCAAGGCUGAUCACUUGUGUAGCUGAUAAUAUUGGAGCUGGCGUUCACUUUAAUCCAUUUGUUAACUUGAAUGAUAAGAUGUACAAGUAUGGAGUUGUUAGAAUGGAUGACUUGACGAACGACAUUUUGGACUGGCAGAAGUUCUAUAUGUGUGGUCGUUUGCAAAAACCAGUGAAUAUCCUUGUGGAUAAUUUGGACCUUGAAAAUGUGAACCAUGUUAAUCUCAGAGCCGCUACCUCAGCUGCUCUUCUCCUUUUGCCAUCAAACUUCACCGAGGAGGAUUUGUAUGCUAAAAUAUGCAGCCUCUCAUAUAUGGGAGACAUAAGGAUGCUUUUUGCAGAAGACAGAGAUAAAGUAAAAAAGAUUGUACAAGGGCAGUUCAAUCUAUUUCAACGAAUGUAUAGACCGUUCUUGGAAGAAUAUGCAACGAAAGACUUACUAAGGGUUUCAUCUCUUGGUGGUGAUGCUCAAGCAAAUAUUGCUCAGGACUCUGGGCAUUUUUCUGCUUCGCAUCUUGUCUCGCAUCUUCCACCAUCAAUCAGAAGCCAAAUGGCAGCAAGACUAGGAGAGAAGAGAAUACCCAUGGAAUCCGGUAAAGUUGUACGGGAAGUGGCGUUCAGCUCAAAACAUGAGGCGGCCGAAUGUAUGCGUAAGAUUGUGAGAAACAGAGUUAUGGUUUCAAGUGCAAGGCAAGCUGUGGCUGGUCUGUUGACAGUCGGUGUGGUUGGUGGAGCUCAAUAUGUUGCAAGGAAAAUGCAGAAGGCCUGGAAGUCUAGGACAUAAUUUUCUACCUCCUUUCCAGCACAUAUGCCGAGGGCUCAACAGCCGAAAGUUGCCACCCCCUUUCAUGUCCAUCGCUGCAGAGUGAAGAACAAGAAGGUAAUGCAAAGGCUUAAAACAUUCUGGGCGAUGGGUACGUCUUUCUUUAGAAAGCGACCUGGGUAGUUUGAAUUAACAAUUUUGUAAGAGCCUAGUAUAGGUGAUAGUUUUUACCUUAUAAAUGGCAAUGCAACUUGUAGUCAGAUUGUUACUUCUCAGGUUUAAGAUUACAUUAUAAUUACUCAUUUCAUCUCAAAAUGAUUUUGUUGUUUGUUGUACUGGAAUCCAUUUUAGUAUAUCAAAUAAAACAAUGACAAUGUUAC